CAACGACCAGUCCUGAUCUGUUUUGGAGAAGCUCCAACUCUGUUUUCUGGAAAGUUUCUCAAUAGUUCUCUGGUGAUUAAAUCAGCUUGUCUAUUAGUAUCAAAGUUCACUCAGUGUUUCAGAUCCAAAGGGAGUGGGGUGUUUUUUCUUCUUAAAGGGGAGGAUGUGGCUCAACAUGGGGAGGAUGGACACAAUAUGAUCGCACUAGGAAGAGCUCAGAUCUCAUUUUUAUGAGCACUGCUGGGUGGUUUUAGAUUGAACCCAGCAGUCACAAUGGCAGACAGCGGGAAGACUAAUGAGACCGGAGCUGCAGCAGCAGAAGCAGCUAAUGGAGAUCAGCAGAAUGUUGUGUCCCGAGUGACUAAUCUACCUCUGGUCAGUUCAGCCUGCGAGGUGGUCUCCAGCGCCUACAGUAGCACCAAAGACAGCGUGCCCUUGCUGAAGGGAGUGAUGAAUGCAGCAGAGAGCGGGGUCCGGACCCUGGGAGCAGCGGCCACCACAGGGUCCAAGCCUCUUCUAGACAUUAUAGAACCCCAGAUUGCUACAGUGAAUGAGUAUGCCUUAAAAGGACUGGAUAAGAUGGAGGAGAGGCUGCCUAUUCUUCACCAACCAGCAGACAAGGUGGUGUCAGACACGGUAGGUAUGAUGUACCAGUCUGUGGCAGGGGCAAAAGACGCUGUGAUGGGGGCUGUGAUGGGCGGUGUUGAGAUGACCCGGGCAGCAGUCAGCGGAGGUUUCAUCACCGCCAUGGGCACCAGGAUGGGCCAGAUGGUCAGCAGUGGGAUGGGCCUGGCCCUGAGCCGAUCUGAGGAUUGGGUUGACCAGAACCUACCGCUCACUGAGAAGGAGCUGGCUGCUGUGGCUGAACCUGCCACCAGUGAGGUGUCUGCACUGUCAGCCAGCCCCAGCUACUUUGUGCGCCUGGGGAAACUCUCUGCCAGAGUCCAGGAGCAAGCGCUACAGCAGUCCUUGCUCCGUGCAAGACGUGCCAGGGAUGCCACCUAUGUUGCAGUGGCUCAGAUUACCAGUACUCUGGACCUGCUCGAGAGUGCCCGCACCAGUCUGGGUACUGCCAGUAACCAGUUGGGAGGAGCCUCAGAGCAACUGCUGCAGCGCUGGACAGAGUGGAAGCAGAAGCAGGCUGGAGCGGGACAGACGGAGUCGGAGCCAGAUGGGAACAAAGAUGAGGCUGAGCAGUUGGAAUGGCGGGCCCUCUCCAUGAUGCGUGGUCUGAGUGACCAGCUGAUGUCAGCAUGCUCCAAUGUGGUGUCAAGUGCUCAGGGUCUACCAGGUGCAGUCCAGGACCAGCUGACCAGCGUGAGGAAAUCAGCUGAAGAACUGCGCUCCUCUCUGGGGAACACCAGCACCAUCACCCCCAUCCUUCUGGAGAGAAGCCGGCACCACCUGACCCAGGUUCAGCAGUCUCUGGAUGGUGUCAUGGAGUAUCUUGUAAACAACACACCACUCAACUGGCUGGUGGGACCUUUUGCCCCCCAGCUCACUGAGAAGGCACCGGCAGAUGUGGAGAUGGAGCAGAGCGGACCACACAACAACAGCUGAAGACUUUAUUGUGUUUCCUUCAUGAGUUAAUCAUUGUGAUGAAAUAACACUAGUGUUUAUUGAUGGUACAUUUUAAAACAACGUUCUUGCUUUCUCCUUACAUUGAUGUAAUCAUGUUUCCUUCGUGAUGCGCUCAAUUUGAACUUUAUAGUUGAUGAUAUAACUUUUGCUACGUAGAAACUAAUAGAAUAUAAUUUGGACUGAGAGCAUUUACCCUUUGCCUCUUUAACUGAAUCAUGCACUUUAUUUGUUUUAUUCUGGAUUUUUUAUUUUUAUUUUGUUCCUAUAAGCAUUUCAAAGCUUUCCAAUAACUAAAGGACAUAUAUUUUAUCAGUCAACUCAAAUACCAUUAUAGGGAUCUAAAGUCCCCUUUAAAAAAAAGGACGCACACAAAUAUACGUAUUUAAUCAGAUGCAGGGUAAAUAGUGCAUACUUUUAUUAUGUUUGCCUUUUGAAUUUCAGUAUUUUGUGCCUUCGACUUUGAGAGUUUUGUGGACUCAGCUGUUGAACUGUAAUUGCACAUGUCAAUAAAAGGUUGAAACAG